CUAUGGAAGAGCAUGAGAAGCACCGACAGUGUAAAAUCACCGACUACAUGAACCUGCACUUCAAGGUCAAGUGGCUGUUUAACGAAUAUGUGAAGGAGCUGUCACAGUUUGAUGGUGUUGUUCCAGAUUACCCCUCCUGGUUCCUGCCAUUCGUGCUGCAGUGGUUGGAUCAGAAUGAGGACGUAUCCAUGGAGUUUAUGCACGGAGCCCUUGAGAGAGACAAAAAGAUGGAUUCCAGCAGACGUCUGAACAUGCGCUCUUCUCCUGCUCUGUGGUAGACAUCUUCACCCAGCUCAACCAGAGUUUUGAGAUCAUCAAGAAAUUGGAAUGUCCUGAUCCUGAAGUCAUGGCUCAGUACAGCCGCCGCUUCUCCAAAACUAUUGCCAAAGUUCUCCUGCAGUACAGUGCCAUUCUGACCAAAAGUUUUCCUUCGUAUAUUGACAAGGAGAAGAUACCGUGUGUCCUGAUGAAUAACGUACAGCAGCUAAGAAUCCAGCUGGAGAAGAUGUUCGAGUCGAUGGGUGCCCAC